UCACACACACACAUACAGACCCCUCUUUCUCUUUCUCCCCAGCCCAUUUCUCCUUCCUUUUUCCACAGCCAUUUAUGAGAUUCCUCCAAUGGUCUUUUCCUUUCCAUUGGAUUGUACAGAUUCCUAGAUGAAAAUACCCCUCUAAAUCCCUCUUAUUUCUUGUUGAUUUUUGGAUGUUCUCUGUGAUUUUUAUGGGACAAUAAGACAUAAGCCUCUUCUGGGUCUCUUGGCUUUUGCUUUGUUGUGCAAACUCUUUUUCUGGGUUGUUGCAGAAAAGCCUUCAUACCCAGUAGUAUGAUGCCAAACAAGGCUUGAAGAGAACAAUUAUAUUUUCUCAAAGUUUUUGUUUGUUUUUCCAAAAUUCUCAACUUUUUGUCAAUAAAUUGGUUUUCCGUCUUUUCUUUUUCCCCUCUAUUUAUCUUUUUUCCCUGUGAAUUUCCUUUGAAUUUAUUUUUUCUUCACUUGAGGAAAAGAGAAAGACAUGGGCAAGCAAGGGCCUUGCUAUCACUGUGGAGUUACAAGCACUCCUCUUUGGCGCAAUGGGCCUCCUGAGAAGCCAGUCUUGUGCAAUGCUUGUGGGUCUCGGUGGAGGACAAAGGGAACACUUGCAAAUUAUACUCCUCUACAUGCUCGGGCAGAACCUGAUGAUUAUGAGGAUCACAGGGUCUCCAGGGUGAAGAGUAUAUCAAUAAAUAAGAACAAAGAAGUGAAACUGCUCAAAAGAAAGCAGCCCAGUGAAAAUACGUUGGUUGGAGGGGGUGCCGCUGAUUACAACCCGGGCUUUCGAAAAGUGAUAGAUGAAGAUACAAGUAAUAGAUCGAGUUCCGGAUCAGCCAUAUCUAAUUCGGAGAGCUGUGCACAAUUUGGUGGUGCAGAUGCAAGUGAUUUGACAGGUCCAGCUCAAUCAAUGGUGUGGGAUACAACAGUGCCUUCUAGGAAAAGGACCUGUGUGAGUCGUUCAAAGCCAUCUCCAGUUGAGAAGCUAACAAAAGAUCUAUAUACUAUUUUACAUGAACAACAAUCUUCAUAUUUCUCUGGAUCUUCUGAAGAGGAUCUGCUUUUUGAGAGUGAAACACCAAUGGUUUCUGUUGAGAUAGGACAUGGAAGUGUUCUCAUUAGGCAUCCGAGCUCAAUAGCUCGAGAUGAGGAAUCUGAAGCUAGCUCGCUUUCGGUUGAGAACAAACAAUUUCCAUCAAAUGAGGCUUAUUCCCAUUGGGCAAUCCCUUCUGUACAUAGUGGUAGCAAGGGUGUCUGUUUUCCAAGUCCUGGGGUCGAAAAAAUGAAGAGCCAUGCUGGACAAGGGUUGCAACCAGAGCAACUUAAAAGGGACAAGUUUCAGAAUGAAAACCAACAAAUCCUCUCUAGCCACAAGUCACCACUGUGUUAUAUAGAUUUGAAUGAUGUUUUGAACUUUGAGGGGUUUAUGAGACACCUGACAAAUGAGGAGCAACAACAAUUACUCAAGUAUCUAUCUCCAGUUGAUCCUGUUAAAGUUCCUGAUAGCAGCCUCAAAAGCAUGUUUGAUAGUCCACAAUUCAAGGAGAACUUAAUUUACUUUCAGCAACUGCUUGCGGAAGGGGUCUUUGAUAUCUCCUUCUCAGGGGCAAAAUCUGAAGACUGCAAGACUUUGAAAAGGCUUGCAUUAUCCAAUUCAUCAAAAUGCAAAUGGGUUGAAAGCUAUCAUCUACUUAAGAAAUGUCAAAAUGGUGCUGGAGGAUCUGGUGCUUUAGGACCUAAUGCCACUGCAGCAAGUAAUUUAACAAAUGUCAAGAGAUCGCGUGACAGCCAAAGUCAAAAUCUUCCAGAAGUAAAGACAAUGAUGAAGUGCCCAAAAAGGGUGAUCAUGAAGGCUAGCUAUGAGAACAAGGAGCUCAUAGACAAUGAUGGUUCUUGCUUUAGUCCAAGAAGCCUGUUUGCUUUGCCUCCUGAUGGUAGCUCCCUCAUGCUGGAUUCAUUACGUUUUGUUGAAGAAAAUUCUGAUCAGGAUCUGCUGCUGGACGUGCCAUCCAAUGGCUCUUUCCCACAGGCAGAGCUUCUUCACCCAGCUUUAAGUUUUGGUGCACAACAGGCAAGCACUAGUAGUAGCUCAAUAUACCCAUAUCAUGGCCGUCGCUGACGAUGUAUACAAUUUCUAAUCACUAGGGCUAUUGUAGACAUGUCUUUGAAAUCUUUGAAUGGGGUUCACAUAUUUUGGGUGGUAAACAGGAAAAAUGUCUGUGAAUGAGGUUUGCUGGUUGAUCUUUCUUUCUUAACCUUUUUGAACUUGAAAAGCAAGGGAUGAACUUUGCGGGCUUUUUUGUAUAGGUUACAAAUAGAUUGUAAUAUAUAAGCUCAUAAUACAGAAGUGGUAAUUUGCAGA